CCCGAACCUCGUCUGCCUUCUCUCUCUCUCCUGAUCUCCUUCGAUCUUCAAACUCUCCUCCUCCAUCAAACAAACCCUACCUCUUACCACUUUAUAUCUCCACAUCAUCUCCUCUCCUCUCUCUCAUCACCCUUCUUCAUUCCUUACGAAAGCCUUUCUUUCACGAGGAAUAUAGUUUGACGAGAUUAAUUAUUGUCCUUUUUUCAACGGCCUCUCUACGUUCGAAGAAAUAGAUUCGUACAGCAACGACUCUCUUUUUUCGUCUUUAGAUUUCUUCUUCGAUCUUUUCGACGCUCUUUAUUAGAUCUCCCCAGCGAUCUUGAAAGAGUACCCAGUACAGGCCGAUUAAUCAACCUCUGCAACAGUUCGCAGACUCAGCAUCUACAGAACCAACGAAACUUCACCUUACAAUCACCUCAAGACCACACAAUAUGGCUGACCAACUCAACAUGAACGGACUCUCCCUGGGAGAGCAGCGCUCUUACAUCCCUCCCCACAUGCGUGGAAAGAUGGGCGGUGCUCCCCCAGCUGGCAUUCCCCAGGUGGAUGGGCCAGGCCCAGCUCCUGCUGCUGCUACCAACGGUGGCGGAAUGGGCGCCAGUGCAUGGGCUCAACCAGCUCCAUCCAACGGCUUUGCCGCUGACGGACCUCGCCCAGGCGGCGACUGGGCUGCUGCCCCUGCCUUUGCCCCCGGCGCACGUGGUGGAGCCCCUCCUGCACGUGGUGGCGGUAGAUGGCAAGACUCCCGCUCCGGCGGUGGUGGCUCAUUCGACCCCAAUGCAUACGGAAACCCUGCUGCCGGCGGUGGUGGCGGCGCUGUCUCCGCCCGCGGAGGUGGUGACGGACAAUGGAGGGAUGGCAAGCACAUUUCUGGCCCAGCCAACCCCCGUGUGGAGCGCGAGCUCUUCGGUAUCGCCGACGACCCAACCAAGCAACAGACUGGUAUCAACUUCGAGAAGUACGAUGAUAUCCCAGUUGAGGCUUCCGGACACGACGUCCCCGAGCCAGUCCUCAAGUUCACCAACCCUCCUUUGGACGACCAUCUCCUCCGCAACAUCGACCUCGCCCACUACAAGGUCCCAACCCCAGUCCAGAAGUACUCCAUCCCAAUUGUCAUGGGUGGUCGCGAUCUGAUGGCUUGUGCCCAAACCGGUUCCGGAAAGACUGGUGGUUUCUUGUUCCCAAUUCUGUCCCAGGCUUUCAUCAACGGUCCCUCCCCAGCCCCAGCAGGUGCGGGUGGCAACUUUGGACGCCAACGCAAGGCUUACCCAACCUCCCUGAUCCUGGCUCCUACCCGUGAGCUGGUUUCUCAGAUUUACGAGGAGUCCCGCAAGUUCGCCUACAGAUCGUGGGUUAGACCAUGUGUCGUCUACGGUGGUGCCGAUAUUGGUUCCCAGCUUCGCCAGAUCGAGCGUGGUUGCGAUCUCCUCGUUGCCACCCCCGGUCGUCUCGUCGAUCUGAUUGAACGUGGCCGUAUCUCCCUGUGCAACAUCAAGUACCUCGUCCUCGAUGAGGCUGAUCGCAUGUUGGACAUGGGUUUCGAGCCCCAAAUUCGCCGCAUUGUCGAGGGCGAGGAUAUGCCCGGUGUCCAGGGCCGCCAGACGCUCAUGUUUUCCGCCACCUUCCCGCGCGACAUCCAGAUGCUCGCCCGUGAUUUCCUGAAGGAUUACGUCUUCCUGUCCGUCGGACGUGUUGGUUCCACCUCUGAGAACAUCACCCAGAAGGUCGAGUACGUCGAGGAUAUGGACAAGCGCUCGGUUCUUUUGGAUAUUCUCCACACCCACGGCGCUGGUCUUACCCUCAUUUUCGUCGAGACGAAGCGCAUGGCCGAUUCGCUGUCGGAUUUCUUGAUCAACCAGAACUUCCCUGCGACCUCCAUUCACGGUGACCGCACUCAGCGCGAGCGUGAGCGUGCCCUGGAGAUGUUCCGUAACGGUCGCUGCCCAAUCUUGGUUGCUACCGCCGUUGCUGCUCGUAAGUAUUUAUCCUUUCAUUCCUUUCCCUAGAAAUCUUCUGUCGACGCCUAUCACAAGAACAGUCUCCAUCACGGAUUGUUCUUGUAACAAUCUCCAUGACGGAUUGUUCUUGUAAUAGUCUCUAUCACGGAUUGUUCUUGUAACAAUCUCCAUGACGGAUUGUUCUUGUGAUAGGCGUUGAAACGCCAUUUCAGCUUCUCAAACAUCUUGAACAAUUCAUUUACUAAACUCUUAUCUCUAGGUGGCUUGGAUAUUCCUAACGUGACCCACGUUGUCAACUACGAUCUCCCAACCGACAUCGACGACUAUGUCCACCGUAUCGGUCGUACUGGUCGUGCUGGUAACACCGGUAUCUCCACCGCCUUCUUCAACCGUGGUAACCGCGGUGUCGUCCGUGAUCUCCUCGAGCUCCUCAAGGAGGCCAACCAGGAGGUCCCCGCCUUCCUCGAGAACAUUGCUCGCGAGGGUGCUGGCUUCGGUGGUAGCUCCCGUGGUGGCCGUACCGGUGGCCGUGGACGUGGAAGCGGUGCCAACCGCGAUUUCCGUAAGCUCGGCGGCAGCGCUGUUCCAUUCUCUGGCGGCUUUGCCGGCGGCGCACCUGCUGCAUACGGUGGUGGCGGUGGUGGCUACAACGCUGCUCCCCAGGCUGCCUAUGGCGGUGGUGGUGGUG